AUUCUUCUAGCGGAUUACGAAAUGAAAGUGAGAUAUAAGAACAAAUAAACCCUAAUCUUAUUUCUAUUACAUUGUUUUAUUAUUCCGUGAGUAACACAACACAAUUAACUGUGAAGUGCUAGCAUGAAAAAGGGAAAAAUAAAAAGAACACUCGAUUUUGUUUUUCAUGUCAAAAAAUAAAAAGAUUUUCCUUGGUUUUUAUAUAGUGUUUAUUGAACUUGUUUAUCAGAAAACAUAGGUUUUUAAAAUGAACAAUCCUGCAUUAACACCUAAAAAAAUAUCGAGGUUGUUACAAUACGCUGAAGACCAGUCCUUUAGCGCAAAAAAGGAGUUGCCCCUCAGAGAAGAGGAGAUGAAACGCUCGGAUGCGCAAGAAGGGAUAUUGAACAAGUCUAAUAUUCAUUUCGAGUCUUCGUCUGGAAUUCUGGACUUAGAAAGAGUUGAGGGGUUUGGAGAGACUGCUAUUGGAGCCAUGUCCUUAAGUAAAUCUACUGCGUUUAGUCCUGGGGAAAUGACUGGAAGAUCAACAGGUACCGAGGACAUAAAGUCACACACUAUUAACUUGGGUCCAGCUAAGAUUGAUGAUAUGUUUGAGGGCUAUGGACGGCAUUCAUUUGCUCUGGAAAGUCUUACAAGUAAUUUAGACAAACAGACUUUGGAAGUUAAUGAUAUUAUGAGGCAUUCAAUUGCAACUAAUUAUUCAUUUCAUUCUAAGAGAGACUUAACAGCUGAUGAAGCAUCUCUUAUCAUCAGGCAAGCACCUUUGCCAGUGCAACAAGGCACACAGGUGAACAUCACAACAGAAAAUGUUUUAGACAGUAAUUCAAAUAUGUCCAUGGGAUCUUAUUUUAAAGAUAGAUGUCCAGAAUUUUCAAAAAUGCUUGGAAAAACUCAAAGUCCAGAUAGACCUGUGAGGCCUAGUAUUAGUGAAGUUUCGUUAUCAGCGUCAUCAAAAGAAACAAAUGCGGGAAAUGAAAUUAAUAAUACAUACAAAAUAGACCAGUCUUUAGAUUGCAUUCCAGUUAGGCAAUCACGAGGCGCCAACCUUGAUAAGGCGGUACCAACGAAGGACUCAAUAUUUAACAUGAACCACACUAAUCAAACAAAUAUGCAUUGCAAUUACACCAUUCCAGAAAUAUCUGUAAACAGUUGUAAUGUUGACAUUGAACAACAUUUUAAGAAACCUUAUUCAAAUAAAAAUCAAGCAAGCAAAUUAUAUGCGGUACAAAAAGACAUGCAUAAUAGAAUUGACCAGAACUUGUUGCAGCAAAGAUUUUAUCAAUCCCUUAACAUGGACCAAUUUUUAAAAAGAGCUCACCAAUCACAUUUUCAGAUACCAACAGAAGAAUCUGGUGCUUCUGUUGACAAUGAAAAUGAAAGCUCUCUCAGUAUUUCUAAGAUUGCAGACUAUCUAGGCAAACAAUCAAAUGUAAGCGUAACUGGAAUGCUUCAGUUGAAUAAUCAGAAAAAACAGACAAACAAGAAGCAGCCUCUCACAGAAUUACAUAUGAAUGUUCAAAACAAUAGGUACAAUAACGACGAAGUUGCAGUAACCAAUUUAAAGGAUACCAAACAAAUGGAUAUGGCUAGCUCCGCUGGUACAAUCAACACGGUGAUUUCCUUUGAUAAGUUGAAGAUAAGUCAGGAGAAAAGGGACAUCCCGGCCGUCAUCAUCACUCGAAACUCGAUAAGCAAAAAUGAAUGUAACAAUAUAGAAAAUAAAACUGGAGCUGGCAGAUCCAAAUCUCCGUCAAGUAAAAGUCAAUCUACUUUGAGCACCGUGCAAGAAAAUUUUACUAGUUUUAAAUCUAAUGAUAGUCCACUACAAAACAGCAAAGGCGAGGUUAACUUGACACACAUUCCUUCCCCAAAUGUUGAGUAUAAAGAGUUAGAUAAGUCAGUAGAUUGGCAAGAGGUAUUACAGCAGAAACAUUUGAAACAGGAGAGCUUGGCUAAAGAACAAUGGGUGCAGAUCAGAUCACCAAAUGUUAAUGGAUUUGUUGGGGUAAGCAGUUCUGUUACAAUAACAAUCACGACGCUUGCCGACAGUUGGCUAACGGCCAAAUUUCAGUUCAAUAAUUUACCCAACGAAGGGAGAGAUCUAGCUAUCGAACUACCACGGCAACCUUUGCUACUCUCACCAGGGAAAACGGAACAAUUCACAUUGUACAUUACAUCUAAUAUUGAAAUAAACACAACCCUAUUAUUUACUUUGUUACUGAAAGAUGCGUCUAUAGACGGCGACAUUGAACAAAAUGGCGAAUUGGAGGUGAACUUUAAAAUGCCCACAAUUCAGGCCCUUUCCUGCGAUGGCAUGAAUAAAUUAUUAUUUCCUCCUAUACAAGAAAACUCCACCUACACAAAGUCCUUUGUUAUCAUAAGUGACUGCCCUGUUGAUUUGCAAUUAGAUUUAUCUGUCAUAGAAAGCGACAGUAUGUUCACAAUAAGGAAUGUUCAAGAAAUUCGCAAGAAUGAUGUCAGCAAGGCUUUGAUGGACCGUCAGAACUUUACUGACGAAGAUCAUCAUAAGAUUGGAAAGUCAAAGGGAAAGGUUUUGAACAAACAGUUGUGUAGACUUACUAGUGGUAAUGCAAUUAAAGUCUCCAUCACAUUUACAGCACCUAAGCUAACUGAAUUAGAUCUAACAGAAAAUAAAAUCACUUGUAAGGGUGCACUGAAUGUAAACCUAAUGGGUGUAAAAUCUGUAUUGAAGAAGAUAGACCUGUUAGGUGUUGUUGGUUCAGCCAAUCUGGUGGUUGAAAUAUCUACAAACAAGCUUUGUAUUGCUAAUGAACCCACAACAAUAAUUUUGAGAAACUCUGGUCCCAUAUCAGGAUGUUGGAUGGUUAAAUUAAAAACAAUUGCGAAUGAGAAUAUAGUGCCGUUUCAAAUAUCACCACAAAAGUUCGAAAUAUGUCCAGGAGGCGAAAAGGAAUUGAACAUUUUAUACACAGGGUCACAAGAUGAGGUGAACGAAGCCAUAUUAAUACUGGAGGAUGUUGUUACCGGUAAAAAGAAUACCAUAGACAUUACCGGUGGAACAGAAAAACCUGCAACUUUCCCAAUCAAAACAAACUAUAUCACUAUGUCUUGGGUACGGGCCGGUAGAAAGGAGCUUAGUUUGAGAAAUUCAACAAAUAAAAAGAUUCAAAUACGAUGUCAGAUAGUCGGCGAAGGGUUUUCCAUAGACCUACCUGGGGUUGAGUCCAGAGGAAUUUACUGUGUUGCCUUUGGACCUCAAGACUGCCGAUCGCUGCCAAUAGUCUUUGCACCCAGCUCCACUGCUCCGCAUGUUGCUGCUUUACAUUUGGUGUAUGACAAAAACAGCGAUUUCUCUAGGAAGGUGAAGCUGUUCGGGUGCAGCAGCGGCGAGUGCGUGCGCUGGAGCGGGCUGGUGACGUACGGCGACACGGCGCUGCUGCGCGCCGCCACCCGCGCGCCGCUCUCGCUGCCGCUCUACAACAAGUACAGCGUGCCGGCCUUCGUCGCCGCGACCGUGCACUUCAACUUGCAGUACCGGUGGUGCGCGGAGGGGUCGCAGCUGGAGGGCGCGCGGCGCGUGGUGUGCGCGCGGUCGCGGCACGCGCUGCGGCUGCGCGUGGACUGGGCGCGCGUGGAGCGCCGCGCGCGCGCGCUCGCCGCCAGCGCGCUCGCCGCGCUCACCGUGCUCACCGGGCCCGAACUCACGCGCCGCAGGAUACUGAGAAUCAUUAGAAAUAAAUCAACUGGGGAGCUGGAUACUUCCCUAUUACCAGACCAUCUGAAAAUUUUGGCAGAAGAAUUUGAAGGUCAAGAAAUUGUCUCAGAUGAAUGCUUGAAGGACUUCGAGGAAACAACAUCAUCACUGAACGAGCUCAUUGAAAGUCUGCAAGAACUGAACGCUCAAAUUGACUUACCUCAAGAUUUUGCAGACGAGAAUACCAUUAUAAUAAGCGACGACACUGUACUAGAGCAUCAUACACUUUGUGAUUGAAUUGUUUGUAUAUCUAUUUAGUACGAAGUAUUCUUUGUUUUAAGUUCUCUUACAUUCCCUUAUCAUGUGAGUGAAAUUUGUGUUACUUGAUUUUAUUAAGUAUUAAUUUAAGUGGUUUUGUUCUGAUGAAUCUAUUAACGAAGGUGCCUUUAAAACUUAAUUACAACUGUGAUC